GCGGCCGCGGUUUCCUUUGGCGACUUCGGAACUGCACCCGAAGAGCACUGCCAGGCGCUCGGCGCCGAGGACGAGGACCUCUGCGAGGGCAGGCUGGAGGACAUGAAGGGCAUGCUCACGCGCAAGGUCGGCCUGGACCUGGACGAGGAUGAGGGCCUCCGCGAAGGUAGGCUGGACGACAUGAAGGGCCUGCACAAGCGCGAGGUCGGUGUGGACCUGGACGAGGACGGCAGCCUCUCCGAGGACAGGCCGGAAGACCUGAAGGCCGCGUACAGGCGCAAGCUCGGCCUGGACCUGGACAAGGGCGAGGGCCUCCGCGAGGGCAGGCUGGAGGACCCGAAGAGCCAGUUCAUGCGCGAGUUCGGUUUGGACCUGGGCGCGGACGCGAGCCUCUGGAACCUGGGCGAGGACGAGGGCCUUUUCGAGGGCAGGCUGGACGACGCCAAGGAACUGCACCAGCGCAAGUUCGGUCUGGACCUGGACGAGCGCAGGUUCAGCCUGGACCUGGUCGGGGAGGUCGGGCUUGAGGACCUGGAGGGCAGGGUCAAGCGCAAGCUCGGCCGGGACGCGGACGAGGACGAGGUCAUCUGCGAGCACAGGCUGGACGGCAUGAAGGGCCUGCGCAACCGCGAGGUCGGUCUGGACCUGGACGAGGACGAGUGCCUCUCCGAGGACAGGCCGGAGGACUUGACGGGCAUGCAGAGGCGCGAGUUCAGCUUGGACUUGAUCGGGGACGAGUGCCUCUCCGAGGGCAGACUCGUGGACCCGAAGGGCCCGUGCAUGCGCGAGUCCGGCCUGGGCCUGGGCGCGGACGUCGGCUUCUGCGAGGACGGGCUGGAGGACCUGAAGGGCCCGCGCACGCGCAAGUUCGGUCCGGACCUGGGCGAGGACGAGGGCCUUUGCGAGAACGGGCUGGAGGACCUGAAGGGCCCGCGCACGCGCAAGUUUGGUUUGGACCUGGUCGGGGAAGAAGGCCUCUGCGAGGACAGGCUGGAGGACCUGAAGGGCCUGCGCACGCGCAAGUUCGUUCUGGACCUGGGCGAGGACGAGGGUCUCUGCUUCCUGUCUGCGGCCGAGCUCUUGGAGGCGGGGGCCGCCUCCCGCGUCGCCCUCGCGGUGGCCGGCAUCCUCCUGGGAGCCCCACUCGAG